CCUCUCACCCCCAACUCUUCUCUCACCGUUCCUACAGCCACAGGCAUUAUUCAUUAUCUGAUAAUUUGCAAUCAUUAUCCGUCAAUUUUCAAUGCCCGUUUUCAUCAACAAACCCAAAGAAUCACAAAAGAAGCUAUUUCAAUUUCCAUUGAAUUGAUAACAACCAAAUCAAACAAAAAACGGCCGUCGGGUUUUCGCAUUUCCCAUCAUACUCCGGCUGUUUGUGAUCUCCAAGUGCUCUGUGCUGUGCAUAGCGCGCAUCACAAUAACAGUGAUUCAAACUUGCAUUGCAGCGCACUCGGUGGAAUGCCCGCGUCGUUCCGCCUCAAACGCUCAAAAGUGACGCAAAGAAGGAGCGGCAGUUUGCAUUUUGUGUUUUUUGGGUUUGCGGCACAAACAACACGCUCGAAUGAACAAGCCUAUUCUCCGUUGUGCUCCCAUGUUUUCUCACGAUAA